UAUUGUUUUUUGAUGACUUGGUAAACAUCUUCUUAUUUCCUGCACUUUCUUUGAUCUCGGACUCUAUCCCAAACCUUUUCUCCAACUUCACUCGUCACCGUUUCUCAUUUCACUACACCAUUCCUCAUUACCACCAAUUCACCCAAGGAGCAGAAGAGAUAGAGAAGCUUCAUCAUCAACCUCUGGACUGACUUGUGAGCCCGAAACCAUUUGAAGCAAACUUGUUUUGUCUGCUACCACUCUAUUCCAAACCUUUUCUCCAACUUCGCUCGGCACCAUUCUUCAUUACCACCAAUUCAACAAAGGAGCAGAAGAGAUAGAGAAGCUUUCAUCAACUUCUGGUCUGGCUUGUGUGCCCGAAAUCAUUCGAAGCAAACUUGUUUAGUCUGCUGCCGUUCUACACCAAACCUUCCUAGCAUCAUUCUUCAGUAUCACCACAAAAGGAGUCGAGAGGGAGAGAAGCUUCAUCGAGUGCUGGACUGACUCUAAGUACCAAGCCCGAUACCGUUUGACCGUCUCUCUCUCUCGUUGGUUUCCUUGUGCAAGUCGCUUUCACUUUUACCUCUGCCUGGAUAUAUGGCUGCUGCCUUAGUGGGAGGCUCAUUCCUCUCCGCUUUCCUUCAAGUGCUAUUUGAUAGGAUGGCUACGCCGGAAUUCGUGAAUUUGUUUCGUAAUCAGAAGGCGAAUGAUGAUCUCCUCAAGAAGCUCAAGAGUGAGUUACGCACUGUUGGAGCCGUGCUCGAUGAUGCAGAGAACAAGGAAAUACGGAACCAAUAUGUCAAGGAAUGGCUUGAAGAGCUUCAUGAUACAUUUUAUCAGGCAGAGGAUUUAGUGGACAGAAUCAGCACUGAAGCUCUGCGAAUUAAGGUAGAAACUGAGUACCAAAGCUCAACCAGCACUUGUACAUAUUCGGGUGAUGAGUUUCUUAGUAGGAUCAAGCCCGAGAUAGAAACAAUAGUGGCGAGGCUGGAGGGAUAUAACAAACAAAUUAUUCCCUUGGGUUUGCAAGUUCUUCAUUCCAGAAUAAAGUCACAUCACAAAUUUGAAACAUCUUUGGUUGAUGAGACUACCUUUAUUGGGAGAGAUGCUGAUAAAGAGAAGAUAAUUCAAAUGUUGCGCUUCGAGGAUGCAGACAGAGACAAUAUCACUGUGAUUCCAAUAGUUGGACUGGCUGGGCUCGGUAAGACCACCCUGGCUCGAAUGGUUUACGAAGAUUCGAAGGUGGAACUGAGUUUUCCUACCAGGGCAUGGGUAUGCGUAUCAGAAGAAUAUGAUGCUACCAGGAUAACAAAAGAAAUCCUAAGGGAAUUCCGCAUUUCUUUUGGUGAGAGUGAUAACUUGCUCUCCCUUCAAGUGAAGCUACGAGGUGGCCUAACUGAGAAAAAGUUUCUUCUUGUUCUGGAUGAUGUUUGGAAUAGUAGCUACAAUCAGUGGGAUAAUUUAAGGAGCCCAUUCAAUGGUGGAUCACGUGAAAGUAAGAUCAUUGUUACAACACGGAAUCAGCAAAUUGCAAGGAUGAUGGCCAAAGAAAGGUCAAUUCAUCAUUUGAAUUCCAUGCUAGAGGAAGAUUGCCGGUCUUUAUUUAAGAAGCAUGCGUUUGAAAAUAGAGAUGGCAAUGAAAAUGCAGAACUUGAAGAAAUAGGAAACAAAAUUGUGACGAAAUGUGGAGGGUUGCCUUUGGCUGUGAAAACAGUUGCAGGAAUUUUGCGUUCCAAAACUACCCCCGAAGAAUGGAAAGAGAUUUUAGUAAGUGAAGAGUGGACUCAAAUGGAUAUUCCAGAUGGCCCCCUGCCAGCAUUGAGAUUAAGUUACAUUCAUCUUCCUUCCCAUCUUAAAAGGUGCUUUGCUUAUUGUGCUGUGUUCCCCAAAGAUUACCAGAUUAGAAAAGAGGAAAUUAUUCAGUUAUGGCAAGCUAAUGAUCUUUUAGGGUAUCCUGGAGAAAAUAAAAGAAUUAAGAAUGAGGGUGAAAAGUGCUUUCAUGAACUGAGAAUGAGGUCAUUAUUUCAUCAGUCAACUGACCAUACUUUCUCCAUGCAUGACCUUGUGAACGAUUUGGCUUGGUUUGUUUUUGGGAAAUACUGCCUCAGGUUGGAAGAUCAUCAGGAAGGCAAUGCUACAAUAUCUGGUGCAAGACAUUUUUCAUACCAUUCUAGUUACUAUGACACAUUUCGCAAAUUUAAUCUCUUGAGUCGGACUAAGAAUAUAAGAACAUUCUUGCCAUUGAGAACGGAUCGAAAUUGGAGUCAUCUAAGCAACAAAUUCUUAGAGGAUACCUUGCCCCAAUUCAUGUCUUUAAGGUUUCUAUCUUUGUCUUGUUAUGAGAAUAUUGUGAAGUUACCAAGCUCAUGUAGUGGUUUGAAACAACUUCGAUUUCUGAAUCUCUCUUCAACAGGAAUAAAGGAGCUACCAGAGUGGAUAUGUAGUUUCUAUAAUCUACAAACUUUGUUGUUGUCAUAUUGCAUACAACUUGAACAGUUGCCGGAAAAUUUGGGAAAGUUAAUUAACUUGUGUUGCCUGGAUAUUAGUGGAACUCCAUUGAAGAAAAUGCCACCACAAAUGGGUAGACUGAUAAACCUUCAAGUCUUGACUGCUUUUGUCAUAGGCAAGGACAGUGGUUCGACGAUUAAGGAGUUGGGCAAGCUUCCUAUGCUACGUGGUAAGCUAAUCCUUUCGGGGCUGGAAAAUGUUUCCAGUGCCAGGGAUGCAUCAAUGGCGAACAUGGAAGGCAAGGAACACCUUGACGUGUUAACUUUGGAGUGGAACGGUGCUAUCAAUGAUUCACAAGCUGUGAGAGAUGUGCUUGAUAAUUUACAACCUCAUUCAAGCAUAAAGCAUCUCAACAUCAUAGGGUAUGGUGGAACAACAUUUCCAGAUUGGCUAUGCAACCCUUCACUAAGCCGUUUGGAAUCGUUGAGUCUAUCUAAUUGUGAAAAUUGUUUCUCCUUGCCUGCACUUGGGCAGCUACAGUCCUUGCAAUCACUUGAAAUUGUUGGAAUGAGUUGUAUAUCACUCUUGAGACAAGAUUUUUAUGGAGAUGUCAGUGCAACCAAACCAUUCCCAUCUCUGAAAAAGUUGAGAAUCGAGAAGCUGCCUCAGUGGGAGAGAUGGCAUGUGCCAGAAGGUGAAGUCUUCAAUGGACUUGAACGACUCCGUAUAAUUGGUUGUCCCAAACUGAUUGGAGAACUUCCCCGACAACUUGCAUCGCUGCAAAGCCUUGACAUAUCUGGCUGCGGCAAUCUUGUGCGUCCCAAUGGUCAAUUGAGCAUCCUGAAUGGAGAGAAUCAACAAAAUUUUUCAUCUUUUCGUCAAUUGAAGAUUUCAGAGCUAGAAAAUUUGAAAGAGUUGCCCCUACAGCUCAACCAAUUAUCCAGGCUUGAGGAAUUGAAUAUUUCAGCGCUAAAAAAUUUGGAAGAGUUGCCCCUACAGUCCAACCAAUUAUCCCGACUUGAGAAAUUGACGGUUGAUGAUUGUGGGUCUCUCUCACCCUCGCACGUGAGUAGACCGCCUUCCUCACUUAAAUCACUUUGGUACCACGGACGCUGCAAUUUGGAAUUGGAGAGUUCAAGCGGGGAGGGUGGUGGGGCCUUGGAGCACUUGACAUUACUAAAUUGUGACUCUGUCAAAGUCAAAGUCGAGUGGCUUGCCUCGUUUCCCAUGCUGAAAUCUGUUGCAAUUUAUAAAUGCAAGAGUGUUGAGAUGCUCUCAGUUCCUGCUGCACCUGCACUUGGGAUUGGGAAACAGAGUGGCAUGACAACUACUACUACUACUACUACUAGUACUAGCAGUGUGAUGACGUCACUUCAACGCUUAAGCAUCUCGGGCUGCGAUGCUCUAAUAUUGUCUUUUCCAGCCCCCAGUCUAACGGAGCUUGAUAUCCAGGAUUGCGAGAAGUUCACAAAGCUACCGCAACGGAUGGAAUCCCUCCUUCCAUCUCUUCGAUAUCUAUGUCUAAGAAAUUGUCCAGAAAUUGAGUGCUUCCCGGAAGGGGGUUUGCCCUCCACCCUACAAUUGCUUAAUAUCGAAAAUUGCAAGAAGCUCAUGAGUCGCAUGACAGAGUGGGGUUUGGAGAAACUUCCCUUUCUCACGCAUUUGCGCAUUAAGAGUCCCUGGGAUGAAGUAGAGUCGUUUCUAGAGGAGGACUGGCGGUUGCCUUGCACGCUUCAAUAUCUUUACUUGGACUCCUUUCAGAAUCUGAAAGUGCUAAACUAUUCGGCUCUUCGACACCUCACCUCUCUUCAAGGCCUGUACAUCAAUACUUGCCCUCGACUCCAGUCCCUACCGGAAGAGGGACUGCCCGCCUCCCUCACCGAACUAGAAAUCCUGCGCUGCCCACUGCUGAAGCCAAGGUUAGAAUGGGAGAAAGGACAAGACUGGCCCAAGGUUGCCCACAUCCCCUGCCUGCUAGUCGAUGGUGACCUAGUUCCUUGAUGAUGACGCCGGUUACUCCUGAGGGCUCCCAGAGUUACAAGAUCCUCAUCAUCAUCUAUUCAUAUAAUUAAAGAUUGUGCUUCUUCCUUCUCCACGGAGCACCAAAUCCGGGGCUGCAAAUUGCUGAAACCACGUUUAGAAUGGGAGAAAGGACAAGACUAGCCCAAGGUUGCCCACAUCAGCUGCGUAGGAGUCGAUCGGCAGCCAAUUCCUUGACGAUGACGUUGGUUACUGUGUGAAUUGCUUGUUGUGAAUAACUAGGAUGUGCUGAAAGGACAGUUGAGAUUCCAAUCAAGUAAGGCCACCAACUCAAGCAGACAAAUGCUUUCCUCGUUAAAGAAAACCUUCAAUGUUCUAUAAGUCCAGGUGAUACACCUUUCUUAGUAUUCUAAGGACCAUCAUUGCUCUCAUCUUCAGCCAUUGAAGAAUUGGGGCUGGUGACCUCCCUUUUUAUGCUAGAAAUCAAGAACUACUAAUUGCUGACAAUACAUUUGGAGUACAGAAAAGAAGAAGAUUGGCACAAGGUUGUCUUAUUACUGGAUGAAAAGUGAUGCUUCAAUAUCUUGACUCUUGGAGAACUUGGUUAGUUGAUCUUGGGUCCUAUAGAUGUCAACAGUUGUUUCAUAUCCAGAGUUGGCUGGCUUCUUUUGAGCUUAAGCUGAGAGGAUACCUGGUAAGAGCCAUAUUAUCACCGUCAUAUGUUUUCAGUCAUUGAUACCUUACUACUUAGCAGCAUGUUUUAUGUCAUUUGAAUUUCCUAUGUAUUCCAUAUCAUAUGAAGUUCAGUAAAAUCUUCAAGUCGCAUUAGUUAUGUUCAGUUAUCUGCUUCUUUGUAGCUCUUUUCACCGAGCUUUCUUCAAAAUAUUCAUUUAAUUUUAUAUAUCAUAAGACAUGUUAAACAAGACCAAAAAGUUGAAACGGGAAGAAAUUGUGGAAAUGAAUGGAGGAAAUGAUAAAUUGAAGGGAUAUGGCACAGCCUGAUACCUCCUUUGUCUCAAACACAAAUUGUCAUGGGUUUCAGUAAUGUCAUCCUUUGCUUAUUCGUCUUGGAAGGCAUAUUUCCUUUUUUGAGUACUUUGUUUAUACAAGAUGUAUUGGGGGUGCCAAAAAUAAUCCUUUUCUUUAUGGUUUUAUCUCUGUCAUAAAGAUUGUUCUUAGAUUAAAAUGUUGCAUACCACUAAGGUUAUCAAUUCCUGUAUAUCCUUCACUCUUUUUGUGAAUGAAUAUGCUAUGCAGAAUAUCUAUCCGGACAUUUUUCCAAGUUAAUAUUUCCAUUACCUUGUACUCCUAUUUUAAACUAUUGCAGUGCUUCCUUUUGCAUCUUCCACUUCUAGUAAGAUGUUGGUUUCCUUCAAAUAUUUUUGGCUUCCUCAGUUUUUCAUUAUCCCUCGCAUUAAGGUAAUGUUUCUUGCUAUAGACUUGACAUGGCCCUUUCUGAAUAUAGUCCAGACUUGUGUGCUUUUUGUUGGUUGCAAUGGUAUUUUACCCCUUUUGACUUGGUAGCAUUAGGCAUGUAAAAGGCACCAUUGCUAGAUAUUUAUUUGUGUCUAAUCGUAAAUAGAUGAAGAGUUCAUAAAAUUAAUACGGAGAGAGAGUAGAAAGGGGUGCAAAAACAAAAUGAGCCCAAAAUCAGUGAUGGAUAUUUGUGUUGAUGACAGUUAUGACUAUAUUUCAUUCUUAUCUACACCUUGCAUUCGUGUGAUUGCUGUGUAAAUUUUCAACUUUCCAAGAUCCUUCUACACAAAGAGGGUAUAAACAUCAUAUGAGUAACUUUUUUGAAACUAACCAUCAACAAUUCUUAUACUAAUAAUUGAUUGAGAGUUCCAAAACAUAGAACUUCAGGUCACUUGUUUUAAUAAUAAACAGAAAGGAAGCAUACAUACUGAAGAAUCAAAUUUUCUGAAAAGGAAAAGACAACUAAUUUGAAGUGGUUUCUGCUAUCUCUUCCCCUUGUAUGCUUUUCCAUAUGGAGUACCAUUGACAGCAUUCUAUCUCUGGUAUAAAUUGUUUAGUUCUGUAUUUGCUGCACAAUCCAUCUGUAAUACUCUGCUCCACUGCUACUAAUAUUUUCAUAUUUACCCUAUGCACCGAGAUAUUCUAGGUAUGUUGCACUUUGUGUUCAUUGUAAAUAUUUUCAUAUAUUCUUGUAGACCUUUGAUAAAUUGGAAUGCAUUCCUGUAAUUCAAGCACUAUUCUUGAAACAACUGGUACUUAAAAGAGGUCAUUCCAUGAACAGAAAGUGCGGAAUCACCUGCAGUUGCCUUUCCUGCUCCUCCUCUUUCCACUUACCCCAUAGGAAAUGGAAAAAAAUUUGAAAGGUAAAUCAUUGCUGUGUUUGAUAAUUCUUUGCAGAAUUGGGGCUAUGAUUAUUUAGCGCCUCUUUUCAGAAGUACGUAUUGCAAGGAGUUCAAUUUGCUGCUUGGAAAGAUGCAAUCCUUCCUCGCGCAUUAAUGUUCAAAAAUGUGGGAGCAUCCUGUGGCUGAGAGCAUUUUAGCUCGAUGUUGCCUCUAGACUGCAACCAUACCCUUUUGAUGGUGGAUAUCCAGAGUUUCCCCUCUCGCUGAGAAUCCAAGAUUAGUGGCACCGAUGAAGAAGAGUCGCUUCCAUGAUACUGGCUGCUGUCUUGCACGUUGCACCCUUACAAUCUCUCACUUGGAGCAGCAUAAGAGCUGAAGAACAAUGACCUACAAGCGUCUUCAACACUUAACCAUUUUGAAGAUAUGGAAAUAGCUGUUCCAUUUUGAAGAUAUGGAAAUAGCUGACUGCUUUCAGCUCUAGUGGCUGCAAAAAGAGUGGUUGGCAACUUCCCGGCUUCCCUUAUGCAUGAAAAAUGUGGUAUUCAUUGCUCAAAUUACUAUACAAGGGCAGAAUGGGAGGGGAAAGAUUGGCCUCAGGGUUUCUGAUGUAAACUGCAUAGCUUUCAAUAGUGAACUAAAUAGAAUAUUGCUUAGAACUUGAUUGAGCUUGACCUCAGGGGCCUCUAUCAGAUUCAUUUUCUUCGAAUGCUCCAAUGCCUCAAAUCACAGGAGAAUCAUUUCCUGUGCAUACCAUCCCACCUUUCUGCUGAAAAUCUCCUCAACUUUUUCUUUAGUUCUUGUUUCUCUUUCGGGAUUUUUCUCUGUUCAUGGCCAACCUUGCAGAACAUCUAAUUGUCUACUCCAACGAUGUUAUUGAAAAAGUGCAAGCCACAUCUUAGUUCUUGCCUUGCAUUUGCAAAUUCAGGAGUUUUUCAACUUUUGAGAUUAAUUUCUUCUUCCUUUUUGGUGCA